AUGAGUGUCACUGCCUGUGACUGGUACACAGAGAACAGAUAUGCAGCUCCUACUGUGUUCUCCUUAAGGCUACACCCUGUUCAGGAGCAGCGACAUCAGAGCAAGGAAUCCAUUUUCCUUCUGCAGAUGGGGCUCUCACCCAACAACUACCAGAACUACCUGGCCUUUGUUUUUGCCAUAGAAGAGAUUAACAGGAAUCCUCAUCUUUUACCCAACAUUUCUCUGGGCUAUGAGUUCCAUAAUUUCAUUUACAGUCAUUGGAGGAUACUAGAAAAUUCCUUCAUUUUGCUCACAGGACAACACAAGAUCUCUAAUUACAUGUGUGGGACAGAGAGCAAGUGUGCAGCAGUCCUGACAGAAAUGUCAUGGGGAACCUCAGCUCAGAUUGGACCACUGCUGGAGCUCUACAGAUUUCCACAGGUUACCUUUGGCUCAUUUGAUCCUGCACUGACUGAGAGGGGCCAGCACCCUUCUAUCCAUCAGGUGGCCCCAAAGGACACUCAUCUGGCCCUCGCCAUGGUUCUGAUGAUUCAUUUCCACUGGACGUGGGUGGGACUGCUCAUCACAGAAGGCCUUAAAGGUCUUCAGUUUCUCUCAGAUAUAAAAGCUGAGAUGGACAGAAACAGAGUAUGUAUAGCUUUUGUGAAAAUGUUGUCAACUGCAACUGUGUCAUAUAUGUCAGCCAUUAAGAAACACGAUAUCCUGACUGGAGAUACAAUGUCUGCCAAUGUGGUGGUCAUUUACUAUGAUGCUGGUAGUCCAAAUGAUGUAAACUACAAUAAGGCACAAAACUUAGUGACAUGGAAAGUCUGGGUGACAAACUCACAAUGGCAUGCUGACCUAACUGGGAGAAAUUUCAUACUAGAUCCAUUCCAUGGGAUUCUUAUUUUUUCACACCACCAUAAAGAGAUUUCAGGUUUCAAAACUUUUGUCCAGGAAGCUACCCCUUUCAAGUACCUGGAGGACACUUACCUCAUUAUGUACUGGUCCAAGAAUUUUGAUUGCUCAUUCUCUGAGUCUGACUGUGCUUUGAAGAACUGUACAACUAAUGCCUCUGUGGCUUGGUUGCCUCCAAAUCAUUUUGACACAGCUAUGAGUGAUCAGAGCUACAAUGUAUACAACGCUGUGCAUGCAGUGGCCCAGGCUCAUGAGAUGCUUUUUAAAGAAGUGCAAAGGCUUCUAAUAAGAAGUACAGAAUGGAUGAUGUUUUCCCCCUGGCAGCUGCAUCCCUUUCUGAAGAACGUCCAAUUUAACAAUCCUGCUGGGGACAAGGUGAACUUAGAUGACAAAAAGAAACUGGAUUCAGAGCAUCAUAUUCUUAAUUUUUGGAAUUUUCCAGAAGGCCUUAGAUUUAUGGCUAAACUAGGCACAUUUUCUUCAUAUGCCCCACAUGGCCAAAAAAUGACUUUAUCUGAAGAUAUCAUAGAAUGGGCCUCAGGAGUUACAGAGACUCCUCGCUCAGUCUGCAGUGAACGUUGCAAUCCAGGAUUUAGAAAAAGCCCUCAGGAGGGAAAGCCUGCCUGCUGUUUUGAUUGCAUCCUUUGCCCAGAGAAUGAGAUCACCAAUGACACAGAUGUGGAACAAUGUGUGAAGUGUCCAGAUCAUCAAUAUGCCAUCACUCAGAGAAAUUACUGCCUAGGAAAAGCUGUUAUUUUUCUGGCUUAUAAAGACCCCGUGGGAAAGAUCCUGGCAGGCACUGCCCUGAGUCCCUCUGUUCUAUCAGCUGCUGUUCUUGGGCUCUUUGUGAAGCACAGAGACACUCCCAUCGUCAAGGCCAACAACAGGGCUAUCAGCUACACCCUGCUCAUCUCCCUCACCUGCUGUUUCCUCUGCUCCUUGCUCUUCAUUGGCCAUCCCAACACAGCCUCCUGCAUCCUGCAGCAGACCACAUUUGCAGUUGUGUUCACUGUGGCUGUUUCCACUGUCUUGGCCAAAACCAUUACUGUGGUGCUGGCCUUUAAGGCCACUGUUGUAAGUGGGAGGAUGAGGCAGUUGCUGGUGUCAGGGGCACCAAACUCCAUCAUCCCCAUCUGCUCCCUGAUCCAACUCACUCUCUGUGGAGUCUGGAUGGGGACAAAUCCACCCUACAUUGACACAGACCCACACUCUGAACAUGGCCAUAUCAUCAUCUUGUGCAACAAGGGUUCCCUCACUGCCUUCUACUGUGUCCUGGGAUACCUGGGCUCCUUGGCCAUGGUGAGUUUCACUGUGGCUUUCCUGGCCAGGAACCUGCCUGACACCUUCAAUGAAGCCAAGUUCCUGACGUUCAGCAUGCUGGUGUUCUGCAGCGUGUGGGUCACCUUCCUGCCCGUGUACCACAGCAGCAAGGGGAAGGCCAUGGUGGCCAUGGAGGUCUUCUCCAUCUUGGCCUCCAUUGCAGGGCUGCUCGGCUGCAUCUUUGUCCCCAAGUGCUACAUUAUUUUGCUAAGGCCAGAGAGGAAUUCACUUUCUGACCUCAAGGAUAAAACACAUUCUGGAAGAAAAAAAAGGUGUAAAGAUCUUUCAGGAGAGUACUGA